GUGCCGGCGCCCCAGGCCCAGCUCACCUCCGCCCUGGCCAAGCUGCGCCAGACCUUUGUGGUGGCUGAUGCCACGCACCCCGACUGCCCGCUGAUCUACGCCAGCGAGGGCUUCUACCACAUGACUGGCUACAGCCAGGAGGAGCUGGUGGGCAAGAACUGGUACAGCUUCCUGCAGGGCCCCGACACCGACCCCCAGGCCGUGCGGCAGCUGGACGAGGCGGUGGAGGCGGGGCGGCCCCUCACGCUGCGCCUGCUGUGCUACCGCAAGAGCGGCAAGGCGUUCUGGAACAUGCUGACCAUGACCCCCAUCCACGAUGAUGAGGGCAAUGUGGUGAAGAUUGUGGGUGUGCAGGUGGAUGUGAGCCGCACCACCGAGGGCCGCGCCGUGCAGUGCUGCGCCCAGGGGCUGCCGCUGCUGGUGCACUACGACGAGCGGCUCAAGGAGCGGGUGGCGUGGCCGGCCACCGAGGAGGUGAUGGCGGCGGUGUCGCCGCGCGCGUCGCGCCUGUCGCGCGCCUCCCACCACGGCCCCCGCAGCUUCUCGCUGAGCAUGGGCGGCGCCGGGGGGGAGGAGGAGGCGUGCCCGCACCGCGCGGCGCUGGACCUGGCCACCACCAUCGAGCGCAUCCAGACGAACUUUGUCAUCUCCGACCCCUCCCUGCCCGACUGCCCCAUCGUCUUUGCCUCCGACUCCUUCCUCCAGCUGACAGGAUACGCGCGGGAGGACAUACUGGGGCGCAACUGCCGCUUCCUGCAAGGCCCCGGCACCGACCGCGCGACCGUCAACGAGCUCAGGGCUGCGAUCCUGGCGGGGCGGGAGUGCACCGUGCGCAUGCUCAACUACACCAAGGCGGGGAAGCCCUUCUGGAACCUGCUGACCGUGGCGCCCAUUCGCGACGGGCUGGGUGUGCUGCGCUUCAUAGUCGGCAUACAGGUGGAUGUGACCGAGCAGCCUCAGCCCGAGGGAGCGGCGGCGCUGGGCGGCGCCGCCCCCAGGGGCCUGCGGGACGCCAAGGCUGUGGGGCGCGCGCUGCAGAGCAUGGGGUACGAGGGCGGCGGCGGCGGCGGCGAGGACGACCUGUGGGCCGGCUUUGGCGGCCAGGUGGCGCCGGUGAAGCCGCACAAGGCGGCCGACGGCGCCUGGGCGGCGCUGCGGGCGGCAGCGCAGGCCGAGGGCCGGCUGACGGAGCAGCACUUCACGCGCGUGCGCCAGCUGGGGGCCGGUAACGUCGGCAAGGUGGAGCUGGUGGAGCUGGCGGGAAGCUGCCAUCGCUUUGCGCUGAAGAGCUUGGACAAGCGGGAGAUGGUGGAGAGAAACAAGGUGGGGCGCGUGCACACCGAGCGACGGGUGCUGUCGGCGCUGGACCACCCCUUCCUGGUCACCCUGUACGCAACCAUGAUGGAGACAGAUACCGCGGUACAGUUCCUGCUGGAGUACUGCCCCGGCUCAGACCUGCACGCGGUGCUGCACCGGGCGCCAUACCGCCGCCUGCCCGAGGCUGCGGUACGGCGGUACGCCACGGAAGUCGUCUCCGCCCUGCAGUACCUCCACCUCCAGGGCUUUGCCUACAGGGACCUCAAUCCCGAGAACAUCAUGGUGCAUGAGGAGAGCGGCCACUGCAUGCUCACAGAUUUCAAUCUGUCCUACUGGCAGGCCGGCGUGGAGCCCGAGCUGGUCCUGCCCCCGCCCCCCCCGCCCCCUCGGCAGCAGCGCGCCGCCGGCGGCGGCGCGCCCGCGGCGGCGGCCAUGGCGACGGCGUCCAGCCUGGGGGGCGCGCCCUCGGGUUCGCCCCGCGCAGGCGGCUGGCUGCUGGCGGCGGCGCCUAGCGGCGGCCGCGCCAACUCCUUUGUGGGGACGGAGGAGUAUCUGGCGCCAGAGGUGGUCAAGGGCACAGGCCACGACAGCGGUGUGGACUGGUGGUCCUUUGGCAUCCUGCUCUUCGAGCUGCUCUUUGGCUACACGCCCUUCAAGGGCCUGCGGCGGGACGAGACCUUUGACAACAUCGUCAAGAUGGAGCUGGCGUUCCCCAAGGGCGGUGCCCACGUGUCGCCGCAGGCCAAGGACCUCAUCACCCGCCUGCUGGCCAAGGACCCGCGGCAGCGCCUGGGGGCUCACGCAGGGGCCGACGAGGUGAAGCAGCACCCCUGGUUUGAUGGCGUGAACUGGGCGCUGGGGCGGGCAGACCAG